UCGUCACGCGAACGUCGAGACGCGAGCUUCGAAUUGGUGCGUGCAGUGAUUCUGGGUUAGUCAAAUGCAAGUAGCGUUCAGUGACAUGGCGCGUAUCGACGUCAAAAACAUUUAUGAUUAAGCUCCGAUCGUUGAGACUGAACGAAAAAAAGUCAAAAAAUGAAAUAAAAAAAAUUCUACGUCAAACUGUCGCGAAACAAUUACGUGGACGUAAAAGCGACGCGCGUGACCUGAAAAAAUUGCUGGUAAAAUAGCGGCAAAAAAGGGAAACAAAAAGAAAGUCGAAGUGAAAAAGUAAAGAGUUUCAGAGACACGGAUUGUGCGCGAGUGUUAAAAAGUCCGAAAGCUCAACUCUACCGAGGAAUGUUCCAAGCCGGUGAACGCUUUCAUGUGAACAAAGUCACGAAAAUUGAGUAAGCUCGUCCAGAGCUUUUCAAGUGUAUGAUCGUAGGCCAAGUUGAUUUUACCAAGAGAACGUCUGGGAUGAAUAUUCACAAGCAAGAAUAUAUUACUGCAAUGAUAGGAUAAUGUGAACGUCUCGUAAUUCCUGACACUUUUUAUCUUACAUUCAUCGAAGGUGCAUUCCUGACUUAACCCAUAAGUACCGACUGGAUGAUUUCCACCACUUAAUAUCCGUCGUACAUAAACGGCUCUUCGUAUAAAUUACACGUGUGAAAUAAUUCCUUGUACCGCGUUAACGAUGAACCCGACGCUUUUCUCGCGUGAUGAAACUUGAGUGACAACGAAAUGAUCACUGAUCAUUUUCAUCCAAAGGAUCCGCUGAAAGGUUAAACGUAGAUUGUCGUGCAUAUCUUUGGCGAAUGAAAAAUCAUAAAAAUUUUCGAGUGUUCACAAAUCCCACUGGCCGCGUAAGAUCAUGAGACCAAAAAUUGACUCAUGCACCUAUAAACUCAUCUACGUGGAUCGAGUAUGCAGAUAAAAGUGAAACAGUUGGAAGGAAUACGUGAAAACUGGUGCAACUUUUUUUUUUCAAGGUCAUGGAAGUCCUAUGAGAAAUCAUUAACAAUUUACAUAGAAAUCAUAGCACGACUGGACAAGUGUACAUGAGAACCACUUAACCUUCGUUAUAUUGGUAUUAAACAAAAUUUUAGUGAAUUUUAUAAUUGGAUAAUUGUUCCCUUUUUUUGGGAUCCACCGAGUGUGACAACUGUUACCAAUUUUCAGUGACCAUUAUUGAUAUCGUGAAAUAAAUACAGAUUCCAUCAUAAAAUGAUUAUCCAUCGAUUGGAUAUAUGUGCGAAUAUUGUUUAUUCCAAGUACACAAAAAAGUCAUAUUGUGGAGUUAUAUAAAAAAAAAAGCAUAAUAAAAUAAUAAUAAUGAAAUGUGCAGCACUAUACGUGGAGACCUGCCCAACUACAACGAUGAAGGUAACCGUCGGGAAGGGCGGUUUGCGAUAAGAAGAAUCUUUUUCGACAUUUCCCUGCAGAUGGCGCUUUGCAUCGGCCGAUGUCGCCGCCAGAAAAGAACACUUGGGGUAUGGCAGCCGUUACGGACUGAUCCAUUACGGAAUACCAGUCGACAUGCGGACUUCCUUCGUGGGAAAGUGGAUCGAUAUUGUUGGUGAAAGAAGAAAGGGAGGAAGGAACAUAAAGAAAUGAAUAAUUAAGCGGUAGCGGGAGAAUAAAAAAAAUAAUAAAAAAAAAAAAAGAAAGAUAACGCUUUACGCGACCAAAGAACAAGGACGGAGAAAAGUUGACGGGUGAGACGGACAAAUUUGGACGACUCACGACGUUAAAAAGGAAAUACGUUAAUUAAAUAUAAGUUAAUAUAAAGCGCCGAGAGAUGAGGCCACUCUCUUCGCAUUCCGUGAAUCUCCCGGAUCUGAAAUAACAGCCGAGGUCAUAGACAUCCAGACCUAACCCUGGAUACUUUUGGGAAUUGGCCGGGUGCUAAUUAACUCUAAUUAGCAGUCAAAUGAAUUACGUAGUCCCUUAGUCCGUAGCUUAUACCCAGCGUGCAGACGCUAUUCUUCCGUGUAUAAUCAAAAGCAUCAGGAUCAUAGCGUAUCGCUGUGUCCGAAUACGAUUUUACCCAAAAGCACGCAUCAAGACUGAUAAUAAUCCAGCUGUAAAGGCUAAUCGGAAUUGAAUGUUCAACUCGAUAGGUACGUUCGGCAUUACUGAUACAGCACAUGCACAUAUGGACAUACUUAACACAGCUUGAGAAUUGGAAUAGAGUCAAGUGCACCUACCUGUUUAAUAUUACGUAACUACAGCUACAGGUAAACCUCCACCUAACCUAGAGAAAAGUUUCUGAGGUUAAUUUGAUGUAGUUAUACGUGCAUAUAUAUAUCAGGUACUACCGUUAUAUGUAAAUUGGAAUGUAGGUCAAACGUCCAGGUAUAAAUACGGAGCAAACGUAGAAUCGCAUACGCAAGCAAGAUAGAGACUGGUAGGUUGGCACACGUGAGUCUGAGCGUAAUGUAUGACGCAAGAGAUUUAAGGGUGAAUCCACAGCGAGAUACUUGAAUUUCAUCGGGGUGCAGCGGCGGCGAGAAAGUUAAGAGAUAAAAUGAGAAAGGAGCAGCGGAGAUAAGGGAAUAAAAUUAUAAAGAAAAGUCGAGCACGAAACAUCUUAUCUGUAGCCAGGGUUGUGCUUCUCCUAUGACGAGGACGUGAUCCUGUUACACGGGGUUGAAAUCUCAUCCAACGUUAACCGGGGUAACAGCUCCUACCGAUAACUACUGAUUUCCAUAAUGGUCUCACAUGCGCGAGCAUUUCCUUACGUCUCGACGCUUCUGCAUUCCUUUUGCACCGUUUUGUUAUCGCUGUGUCGCUAUAGCACAUUCGCCUGAUAACGCAAGCUCGCUGGCGACAGUCGAGGCGCAUUUGUCGAAGAAAAAGAUAUUUUUAACGUUCGAUGAUACGCGGUGGUAUAUAAAGUCGGGAGGAUAGGGGGGUUAAUUAAUUUUAUUUAAUUAACGUAAAUUCGGGAAAUCAACGAAUUUGCCGGUUUUCAAUAACUUCCGGUGACAGUUUAAUAAUUAUAUAAAUUGUUUAUACCAAGCAAUUAGGGUGUUUGUACCUCUCGAUUGUAUGUAUUAUUAAUUAGUCUUACAAUGAAUAAUGGUAUGCACGAUGUAUUCAGUAAAUGCAAGAGAAAAAUGUUAUUUCAGGUAAAAACGAUAAAUCCAGGUACCAAGAUUAAAGUUGCGCGAAUACCAAGAUGAAGUAUAAGUUCAACCGGAGGAACGUGCUCAGUGUGUAAAUAUAAUUUAUACAGUGAAUUUUACGGAGUCCGGAAAGAUAUUUAAUUGAUCGCUGAGAUAAGGACUGCUCAAAACUGGCAAAAUGGAACUUUUUCUAAUUCUUAUAUGCCUAAUCGCUCCGCCUGUGUUUUCACUCUCGAUAAAGACCAAAUUAAAUCCGCGAAUCGUACAGACUCGGUACGGCAAGAUACAAGGUGUCGUACAGUCCUUCGAGUACGUGAAAUUUUUAAAGCCCAUCGACGUCUACCUCGGCAUCCCUUACGCAACGCCGCCUGUCGGUGGGAACAGAUUCUCACCCACCAGGGCACCAAGCCCCUGGGACGGAGUCAGGUUAUCGGAUUCCGUGGGUCCUGUCUGUCCUCAAAAGCUACCGGACAUCUCAAACGAGCAGGAAGCUUUGGAGAGAAUGCCCAAGGGCAGACUUGAAUACUUGAGACGAUUGUUACCUCAUUUAAGAAAUCAAAGCGAAGAUUGCUUAUACCUUAAUAUCUACGCUCCUGCAAUGGGUACCAGCGAGAGUGGCAGAAAGCAUCCAGUCCUUUUAUUCGUCCACGGCGAGAGCUACGACUAUGGCAGUGGCAAUCCCUACGACGGAAGUGUCCUAGCAAGCUACACCGACCAAGUUGUGGUCACGAUGAAUUACCGACUGGGUGUACUCGGCUUUCUCAAUGCCAAUAUGGCGCCCCACUUAAAGGCGAGGGUCGCCAAUUACGGUCUCAUGGACCAGAUCGCGGUCCUGCAAUGGGUGCAACAGAACAUUGGACUUUUUGGCGGUGAUCCCGGCAACGUUACUUUAAUGGGACAAGGAACUGGCGCUGCCUGCGUUAACUUUCUCGCCAUUAGUCCCACGGUCAGGUCUGGACUCUUCAAGAGGGCCAUCCUCCUCUCGGGAAGUGCACUCUCAUCCUGGGCCGUCGUAGAUGAUCCUGGCACUUACGCGUUAAAACUCGCCCGCGCCACCAACUGCUCCAUUCCCGAGGAUCUCUUCAAGGAUCACGAGCUGAUCGUCGAUUGCCUCAGAGAUGCUAACUUGAACGAUCUACUUCAGGUUGAUAUUCAAGCCCCGACCUUCCUCAGCGCCUUUGGUCCCAGUGUGGACGGAGUCGUCAUAAAUCCGGACUUUCAGAAGGACCUGCUAUCCUACCUGGGUCCUGAGUUUCAAGGAUUCGGGCAACAGCUAAAGAGAACCGAACACGGGACUCCCAUUACCAGCAACAACAAAUACGAUUUACUCUUCGGCGUCACCACGAGCGAGGCCCUUUGGAAGUUUGCUGAAAAAGACGUUCAGCAGGGAUUCGAAGGAGACAGGAGAGACAGAAUUAUAAGGACCUACGUGAGAAAUGCGUACACGUAUCAUCUGACGGAAAUAUUUUAUACGGUCGUAAACGAGUACACGGAUUGGGAGCGCACGGUUCAGCACCCAGUGAAUACGAGGGACGCCUGCGUCCAGGCGCUCAGCGACGCCCAAUUCGUGGCGCCUUUAGUGCAGACUGGCGACCUCUUUACCCUGAGGCACAUGAAGAAACCAAACAACCCUCACGUAGCACCCAUUUCUGAGGACGAGCGCGAACCCAUGCCGAAAACCUACUUUUACGUCUUCGACUAUCAAACCAAAGAUGGCGACUAUCCUCAGAGAAUGGGAUCGGUGCACGGUGAGGAAUUGCCAUUCGUCUUCGGUGCACCCCUGGUUGACGGUUUUGGCCAUUUCCCCAAGAACUACACGAAACCGGAAAUUGCACUCUCGGAAAGUCUGAUACUUUCGUUCGCCAAUUUCGUGAGGACUGGAAAUCCAAACGCCAUGGAGCAUCACGGAAGAAGCGACGCUUUUCUACCGGCGAGUCGUGAGAAAAGUCGUUUUCGGAGCGUCACGUGGGAACAAUACGAUCCCGUGCAUCAGAAAUACUUAGAGAUUGGACUCAAACCAAGAAUGAAGAAUCACUAUCGGGCUCAUCAGCUUUCAGUCUGGUUGAGGCUGGUACCUGAACUUCAUCGAGCUGGAAUGGAGGACGUGGAACCUAGACACAAUCUUUUCCGAGGUCACGCCGAUCCCAGCCUAUACGAUGGUUCUGUGAGACCCGAUCCGCUCAGUAGGAUCGGCGAAGAAUAUCGAAGGCGAAAUGCUACUACAGAGCCACCCACUACCACGGAUUACAGUAUAACUACUUGUGUCAGUUUGAUACAAAGUACUAAUCUACAGAACGUGCACAACGCUAGUACAGAUACGCUGGCCAGUUUGGACGCUGCUGGAUAUGCAGCCUACUCUACAGCCCUGAGCGUCACUAUAGCUAUUGGAUGCAGUUUGCUCAUACUGAAUGUCCUUAUAUUCGCGGGUGUUUAUUACCAGAGAGAUAAAACGAGACUGGAGGUAAAGAGCCUCCAGCAACAACAGAUGAUGAAUCAACAGUGUGGUCCCAGAGGUUUCACUGAACUGAAGCAACCGCCUCCGCCCCAUUCUCAUUUUCCUGGCAGUGGUCAGGUUAUCGUUGACGUUGAAAAUGAGAUGCUGAGAAGAAACGCCAUGAAGGCACAGCCUAGCGAUGCAAAUGCUUUGCUUCAACAAGGCCAAGGCACUCAUACGCUGCCCCAUCAACAUCACUAUCAGAAACAUCAGCAUCAACAACAUGCCACGCUGCCUAGAGCUUCGAUGAUACAAGAUAUGAAUACGCAGACCCAGGGUCCACCGAACGGGUCCAUUCAUCUGACGAUACCCAGAGCACCACCACCACCCAGGACGAAGAGUCCACCAGAGAAUCAGCCUCUUCUUCAAGGUGCAACCGUCUCCAGCCGUGUGUCUCAGGCGACAAUAAGCGAGAUGAGAGUGUGA